UCGGCGGCGCUUCUUUUACCUGCCGCCAGGUGGGGCCGGGCCGCUGCGCCCCGGGAGGGCGAGGGAGGGACGCUUGGAGCCAGGGCGUGAAGAGCGGAGCCGCCAGACUGCGCUGCAGCUGGGGAGAGUCGGCCCGGGCGAGUAGCGGCAGCCAUGGAGGGGAGAGAGGAUGCUGAGGGCAGCUGCGAUGUAGCUUUUGCUGAAGCUCAGAGAUGGGUGGAGGCAGUCACUGGGAAAAGUUUUGGAACCAAAGAUUUUCGAGCAGCUUUAGAAAACGGAGUCCUGUUGUGCGAUUUGAUUAACAAGAUCAAACCUGGCAUCAUUAAGAAGAUCAAUCGUCUGUCUACUCCAAUAGCUGGUUUGGAUAAUAUAAAUGUUUUUCUGAAAGCUUGUGAAAAUAUUGGAUUGAAAGCAGCUCAGCUCUUUCAUCCUGGGGAUCUUCAGGAUUUGUCCAGUCGAGUUACUGUCAAGCAAGAAGAGACCAAUAGAAGACUGAAAAAUGUUUUGAUUACAUUAUACUGGCUGGGGAGGAAAGCAAAAAACAACCCUGGUUACAAUGGUCCAAACCUUAACCUUAAAGCAUUUGAGAAAUUACUAGGACAAGCUCUGACCAGGGCCCUCGAAGAAUCCAGCAGUCUGAAAAGCAGUGGCAGGGAUAGCGGGUACGGUGAUAUUUGGUACAUUGACCGUGGAGAAGCAUUUUCACCUUCCACUAGCCAUAAAAGAGACGAUUCUUUCGAUAGCCUGGACUCCUUUGGUUCAAGAUCCUCCACAAGCUUUUCAUCAGAUAUAACCUUGAAGGGUGGCAGUGAAGGUUGCGAAAGUGACACGGACUCUGAACUGCCUUACAAAAUGCAUGAUUCUGGCAAAGAUGACAUGUCAUAUCGCAGGACUGCUGUGAUUGAACCAAAACCUACUACAGAGUUCAAUCGUUUCUUACCCUGCAAAACCAAACAGGCAUCAUAUAUGCCAGCACCACUCAGAAAAAAAAGGACAGAGAAGAAUGAGGACAACAGAAGAAGCUGGGCAAGUCCUGUCUUCACUGAGCCAGAUGGAACAUUUUCAAGUAACCAGAGGAGGCAGAGGCAUUUGGACCCUAAAGAGGAAAGCAAGCCAAAAGUUAACAUUUCUUCAGAAUUCUCCGGCUAUUCUGAUGAUGAGGAAGAAAAGGCAGUAGGCAUCCCAAACAUUGAAAAAGAUGAUCUCUAUGUUCGCAAACUAAACUCUGCAGUUUCAAACCCAAUGGUUUCUUUUGAUAAGUUUCUACCUAAAUUUUGGACUCCAGAAGAAUUGCAUUGGAAAAAAAUCAAAAAAGGAUCCUCUUCCAAACCCUGGUAUAAGGAGCUUCAGGGAUUCAGUAGAAGGAAGUCUGAUUCUGAGGAUGAAGAUUCAGUCUAUAAACAAAGCAAUGCCAAACUGACUGCUGAUUAUGUGGGGGAAUCAUUGUCCCACAUUGCAGAAGGGGGAAUCACAUACGCCUCUGAUCAAUCCAGUCAGUUUUCAUUACUUCAGACCCUCCAAAAAUACUCUGAUGACUACUUGUCUUCUGAAAUGAAGACCAAAAUUGAUCCUACUUCUGGCCCUAGGGUCAUAACAUGCAGAAAGAAUAUUUUUUUUACACCAGGAUGCAACCAGAGGGAAACUCUGAAUGGAGACCCAUAUCCAGACUUGGAAAAUGACGAUUUGUUUGUUCGGAAGACUGGGACUUUCCACAUAAAUCCAAUUGCUCUCCAAGCUUUUGAAUACUUUAGAAAAUCCUCUGAGCAAGAACCUCUUUUAGAGGGUGAAAUAAUUCUGCAACCCAGAGAGGACCAACCUGUUAUUCCAGACUUAGAAAAAGAUGACAUGAUUGUUCGUAAAGUACAAACACAUAAAAAAGAAGUGCCUUUAUCAGGUGCUCCAGACAAAUACCAUCCUGCACUCUUUCCUGAUCCUUGGAGUCUUCCACCAGAAAUCCAAUCCAAAUUUCUUUGUUUACUUGAGAAGACUACCCCAACAGAAGAUGAAAAAAAUGGUGGUAGAGUCUUAUCACCCUCUUUGCAGCAGAAGAAGGAUGAUAUGCUGACUCGCAAGAUUGAGUCCUGGAAAAUAGGAAGUGUUCUGCAGCCAGUCAGUUUUACUCCAGGUCCAUGCAGCGAAGAAGACUGGAAAAAAUGGGAGGCUAUCAGAGAGGCCAGCAAAGUUAGACACAAGAAACGCCAGAUGGUUGAGAGACUGUUUCAAAAGCUUUCUGAUGAGGAUGGGAGCAAGUCUUUGAAUGAUGUGAGUGCAGAUGAGGCCCAAGUGCUGCGUCAGGUUCGUUAUGAAGAGCUACAGAAAAUAAAAUCCAAGCUACAGGAACAAGAUCAAAAGUGGCAAGAUGAUCUAGCAAAAUGGAAAAAUCGUCGAAAGAGUUUCACUUCAGAUUUGCAAAAGAAAAAGGAGGAGAGAGAAGAAAUCGAAAGGAGAGCCUCUGAGACCUCUGAAAGAAAUAACGAGUCACUGAAAGAAAUGCAGCAGGACAGGGAGAACAGAGAUCAAGGAUCCUACAGCGACAUGCAGCAAAAGAGUGAACGCACUCGAAUGUAUUCAUCAGAUGAUGUAUUUAGUGAAGAAAAACAUCCUUCCAGACCAUCAGUAGCAAAAGAUCAUCUUGUCGAAAAAGAUGCCCCUUACAGCUUUAAGAAGAAUGAAAAAUCAUAUGCUGCACAAACUAACAAAGAGAAUUCUCAAAAGCUAGAGAUCUAUGCAACAGUUGAAACUCAAAUUCCAUCUAAAAGCCUAUUAGAAGAACAGAGCUCAGUCCCUUUGUCUACUCACCAUUCAGUGAAUGCACAAAUGGGGUCAGCUCGGGUUUCAGCUUCUCUCCCCAGAAGUAACCAGAAAACAGAUACCUCUAGGUUAACAUCUGUGGUUACACCAAGACCUUUUGGUGUCCACUCAAGAGGAAUUUCAUCACUUCCCAGAUCAUUUACGGUGGACGAUGUCCAGAAAUAUAAUGGAGAAGUAGAUGGAGCCAAGAGAUCUCAAACUUUGCUCACCAGCUAUUCAUUUUCAACACUGGAAGCAGGACCACUUCUCUCUGCAGAUGCAAUGACAAGUGGUGGUGAGGAAGAAAAGGAAAGCAUUAAAAGAAAAGAGUCUCCUACCCUGAGAGCCUCUGCUACAUCCCAAUACCAGGAUGCAGUGUCCCCUGAUCUUAAAUCAGAGUAUUAUACUCAUCCUGACCCUGUUACAGUUGCAGCUUCUGCAGAAAUAAGAAGCCUGCCGGAGUCAGAGGUUUCAGUGUCACAGGACAAGUACAGUGAAAUGAGAAUCAGUAUAAACCAGAGAUCUGGUAACAGUCACAACUUCGGGUUCACCACAAAUUGGAAACCUUCUGGGGUUUUUGUACAGACAAUUGAAGAAGGUAGCACUGCAGACCUUGGCCAGCUGCAAGUAGAUGAUGAAAUCAUUGCUGUUAAUGGCACAAGAGUUUCACAAAUGGACCAUAAUCAGUGGGAGGAAGCCAUGGCCAAUGCACUAGAAACUGGAAACUUGGUCAUGGAUGUCAGACGAUAUGGAAAAAAUGAUUGGGGCAAAGACCAGCCUUCCCUGCCAUAUGUAAGGCAUAAAAUCCUCAAUCUCACCAGUAUGGCUACCAACAUUGUAGGUACACCUGAAAAUAAAUGGAUUGAAGCAACUUCUGGAGAUCACAAUUCUACCAACUCUUCAAACAUAUCAGCCAAAAGAGAUUUCUUCUACAACCUUCAAAAUUCUGAUGCUGGAGCAAAAGUGAUAAAUGGAAUGCAAGCAGAUAUGAGCUCUCAUGAGCAAAAAGAAUCUGAACCUAUUUCUUUGAAAAACUUAAAAAGACGGUCACAAUUUUUUGAACAAGGAGGCUCAGAGCCUGCAGUGUCUGAUCUCCCAGUUCCAUCUAUUAAUGCUCCAAGUCGUUGGACUUGGGACCAAGAAGAAGAGAGAAAACGACAGGAAAAAUGGCAGAAAGAACAGGAACGUUUACUUCAGGAGAAAUACAAACGUGAACAGGAGAAAUUGCGGAAAGAAUGGCUACAGGCUCAGCAAGAAGCAGAAAGAGAGAGUUCCAAAUAUUUAGAUGAGGAGCCGACUGUCCUAACCUUCAACACAGUAUCGGUACCUGCCCAUGCUCCACCUAUUUCUCGCUGGAGAACAAACGUGGGAGAAGACGCUGAUGUUCUUGAAGGAGGCAGAAGACAUGAGUGGGGGGAACCGCAGCAGAAUGAGGAAGAGAAGGAAAUGGAAAGGAGGAGACUCCAGGAGGAAAGGAGACUUCAAGAGGAAAAAGCCCUGCAUUUGGAGCAAAAAAGGAAAGCCCAAGAACUAGAGCUUGAAAGAGAGCAGAAAGAAAAGGAACAACAAUAUGCUGAGGAGCAGAAGCGGCGAGCAGAGGCCGAGGAGCAGAAGCGGCGAGCAGAGGCCGAGGAGCAGAAGCGGCGAGCAGAGGCCGAGGAGCAGAAGCGGCGAGCAGAGGCCGAGGAGCAGAAGCGGCGCAUGGAAAAAGAAAGGGAGAUACCAAUACAGAUGCCCCAAUACCGAAGACAUUAUGACCAUUAUGAAGUAUCUAAAAACUUUGAAGAUCCAUCUGGCCACUUUCUUGCUGACAGAAAUAAAUCCAGAUCGACUUCAGAACUGGAUGAUUACCCCAGAAGUCAAAAUGGUGAAUAUGGAAAACCAUUAGGUGGUAUUGCCCAAUGGCUGUUGCAAGAGGAGUUAAACCGAAAGCAAAGUACGAAGACUCUGCAAAAGGCAAAAGAACGAGAGCUGGAGGCUACAAGAAAACAAAUGGUUUAUCAGAUGGAACAUGCUAACCCAGACCAAGGUACAAACAACAAAUAUUUGGAAAAGUCUUGGAAUGUCAGUGAUUCACAGAAGGGGUCUCAGAAAGAGCGUGCCCAGUCUUCAGCAGAAAUAGAGAGACAACAUAUCCUUCAGGAAAUGAGAAAGAAAACAUCACUACAUACAGACAACAGCUGGAUUAGGCAACGUAGUUCUAGUGUGCAUAAGGACCCUGUUAAUCUUCACAAGAAUACAAUGAAGAGAGGUGAAUCUUUAGAUAACCUUGAUUCCUCAAGAACAAGUUCAUGGAGAUCUCCACCUUGGACGAAUCAAUCUGCCUCUUCCACAUCCUUGUCAUCUAAUCAAGAUUUUAGUCGCUCUGCUGCUCCACUAGUGUCUACUUCGAACCGAGCUUACAUACGUACCCCCUCCUCCAGUGUAGCACCUCCUUCAGCCAGCUCUGGAAGAUCAGCAACUUCAUCCCACACUUUCCCCUCAGCACCUUCUUCUGUACCUCGUGCUCAGUCUCCUACCUCUGCUUCCCAAUCAGGAGCUCAGCAGCGGAACAGGUCAGUCAGUGGGAAGAAAAUAUGCUCAUACUGUAAUAACGUUCUGGGCAAAGGAGCAGCCAUGAUCAUCGAAUCUCUUGGUCUUUGUUAUCAUUUACAUUGUUUUAAGUGCACAGCUUGUGCAUGCGACCUCGGAGGCUCGCACUCAGGAGCUGAAGUCAGGAUCCGAAACAAUGAACUCUUCUGCAACGACUGCUAUGUCAAAUUUAAAACUGGACAGCCAACCUCCAUGUGAAGCAACCAUAAACAUGAAACCAUUGUUGCAGAUAGAAGAGGAGGUGGUUGCUGGUGAUGUAGAUCUAUAAAUAUGUAUUUUGUUUGUGUUUUUUAAGGGUAACUUUUUUGCCUGUCUAGAUUAUGUAGAAGAUGCAUUGUAUCUUUCAUUCAACUUUAGUUAUUUAUGAGAAUGUAAUCACAAGAAGGAACUCUCUUGGGGGAAAACACAUUCACUUUUUGAGUUCAAUGUACUUAAAAGCACAAGGGAGAACAAACAUUUAUCAGUCAUAACUUCAAAACAUUUCUGAGGCUGAUAAUCAGCUAGCAGAGUUUCCAAUGGUAUAUGAAGAGGGUAUUUUGUUUUUUAUGCUCUUAAAUGAACACUAUUGAAAUAGUUAAUAUAAAUAUGUAUUUGUAAUUGCUAUCUUUAUUUUUGACAUAUGCUACGAGGUGAAGUCUCUAGAAUAAUAUGAAGCUGCAUUAAAAUGUACACCAAAAUGUUUGCUUUCUGUAUUCUGGUUUCUAAAACUGUUUACUCUUUGCUUUUUGAAAGUAAAGUACAAAGUAUAGGCUGUUUGUUCAGUGGUGAUGGCAUAAUGUUUUGCAUAAGAACAAUGGAACCUCUUUGGAGGAAAGGGGUCUCUUUUCUCUUUAUAAUUGAAAAAUAUAACUAUCAGUUUCCCAUCAAAGAAGUUAAUCCAGAAAGUGGAGAAUUUUUUGUUGAAUUCCAGUAUAUUUGUAAAUAAAUGUUCUGAUGCUGAAUUUAUUAGGUACUUCUUUCUCUUUCCUGCCUUUCAAAAUAUUCAGAGCCAUGAAUGGUGCAUAGAGUGAAUUUGCUGAACAAUAAAUAUGAUUGUUUGAA